AUGCUGUCUAGAAUUUUCAUUUUUCUGGGUUUUUUGGCUAUUAUUCCUGCAAGAAUCGUCAAAUUGGAACCACUGGACUAUAAUCUGGAAAUUGACAAAACCCUUCUUGGCAUCGAAAGUGCGGUCCGUAAUCAAAGUGAUACCGAAUUUUCAGAAUUUUUCUCUGAAACUUUUGACGCUUUGGAUUGGUACAGAAAGUUUAUGGGGAAAUUGACCCAAGGGCAAGCGGAGACUUAUUCGCUCUCCCGUUUCGGUGACGUCAAAGACGGGCGGUCUGUGCAGUUCACCGAAUCCAUCCGAAUGAAUGAAACCUUCACUCGUCGAACGCCAUUCGAUGCGGUUUUUAUUGAGGUGGAAAACGAGAGACGUGUGGUUAUUGACUCGUUGACAGUACAUGAUGGACGGUAUGCAGACGUAGAAGAGGGAGGACAUUGA